AUGGAACUCGAUCCCGCUGCCGCCCCCCCUAUCCCGGCCCGAGUCCGUCACCAUGGCCGCCCUCGCUCGCUGCAGCCCCCAUCGGCCGUUAAACGUGCGAGCAUGCCUCCUGCCAGUCCCGAGGUCAUCUCCAACCUCAUCACCAGCCUGAGCGUCAUCUCCAAGCCCGCCAACAACCACUUCGAGGCCUCCCCGACCAGUCUCUCCGUCCCCACGAGUCCCGGCCACGGCAGCUUCGGCGUCGACUACGGCGCCUUCCACUCACUCAACACCGACGAUCUUAGGCAGGCCGCCGUCUCCCUUGACGAUCUCGCCGCCGCUCCGCCCGUCGUCCGCACCUCCAAGCCCCCGAGCGGCUACUCACCCCUGACGGCCGCUAAGAGCCCCAAGAGCCCGAGGAGUCCGAGUCGCGAGAGUGGUCUUCGCUCCUUUAUCCGCAACAGCACCUCGCGCCCGUCGUCCAAGGGAUCGUCUGUCUCCAAGAACGAUGACACCCACAGCAUCGGAAACCUGUCCAUCGAACGCCGCUCCGCACCAAGCCCAGAACUGAACCACCAGCGGUCGCAUGAUAGUUGGGGCAAGAAGACUGGGAGGAGCUCCAAGGGCCUCAUGUACAUGAGCUCCAAAGAACAACUCCGCGAGAAGGAGGUCGAGCGCAAGCGCGCCUCGGGCGGUCUCCCGGCCUCUGCCUCCGGAGUCUUGGCCACCGGGAGCAGCACCCACUCCGGCGGCCGGGGAGAUCCCUUCUUCGCCGAGACGGCUAUCCACGAAGAACCGAGCCACAACGCCCGCCCCGAGCGCAGAAUGGAGAGCCCCUGCCCCAUCCCCGUCCGCGAUUCUAGCCUGAGGAGGUCAACGCAAAGUGUGAAGCGCAGCAGCGCAAGACGGUCCAAGCGAGACAGUGAUGGACCCCUGAGCGAUGUUAUCCCCGAGACGGAAGAGUAUGGCCGAUCCCGCGAGCACGGCAGGAGAAAGCGCCAUUCUGACCAGGAUAUGCUGAGGGCAUCCGCCAAAUCUCCCAUCUACGGCUUCGACGAUUCGCACUCCCCAACCAGGACCAAGACCAUGGCCGGCCGAAGCUUCCUUGAUGUCGGAGACGACUUGCCAGGAGAUGAUGACGAAGACGAAGGCGCACCAUUCCCUGCCGUGGCCCAGGGUCGCCGUCGACAUCACAGCAGCGACCGUAAUUCUCGCCGUCGAUCCGGACACCAUAGCCCAAUCCCGCCAGACGGACUGAAGCUCAAGCGCAGCAGCUCGAGGCUCAAGCGCCUAUCUGCUGGCAUCAACCCCAAGUCGGAGGAGCGACAGGAAUCCCCAGCUCGCGACAGCCAGAUCCCCAUCCCGAACGGUUACGAGCGCCCCCAGUCCGCUGACUCGGUCGACGACGCUGUCGAGUCCUACCUCUGCUCACCUCGCUUGUCUCAGAAGAUCAAGCAUCCUCAGACGGGUCGUGUGAUUUCCUUCUCCGAGGUGGGUGACUCGGAGGGCUCGGCCGUCUUCUGCUGCGUGGGCAUGGGCUUGACGAGAUAUAUUACGGCCUUUUAUGACGAGCUUGCUUUGACGCUGAAGCUGCGGUUGAUUACUCCUGACCGACCCGGUGUGGGAGACAGCGAGCCGUAUUCAGACGGGACAGCCACGCCGCUCAGCUGGCCUGAUGACGUUUAUGCUAUUUGCCAAGCAUUGAAGAUUACCAAGUUCUCCAUCCUCGCUCACUCUGCCGGUGCCAUCUACGCUCUUGCAACCGCUCUGCGAAUGCCUCAACAUAUCCGCGGCAGGAUCCACCUGCUGGCGCCAUGGAUUCCUCCGUCCCAGAUGAACGUGUUUGGGACGUCUCAGACGCUUCCCCCGACAAACGCGAUCCCGACGUCGCAAAGAAUCCUCCGUGCUCUCCCGACGCCUCUUCUCAAGGCUGCCAACAGCAGCUUCAUGACGGCGACCAGCAGUUCCAUCACCAGCUCCCUCCCUAAGAAUCCUCGAAGGAGUAAGCGAAAGUCCAACGUAAACGGAAAGGAUGGCAAAGACGGCCACCGAAACGUGACGCCCAGCUUGGAUAAGGAGAACAUUGGCCACGAAGGCUACGGAAAAUCACCAAACGCUAUGAUGAAUGGUGACAUGCCGCUGGAACAGCCCAAUGCGACGGAGAACAUGGACCGGAUGCAUCCUCCUCAGGGCACGAGGAACCCUGAGACGGCGAUUCUGGCUGCGGCACAAGAUGCGAUGGCGGACAAGGAGCGCCAGGUGACGUAUGAUCUACGGCUGACACACGCCAUCUGGGAGUUGGCAACUACCGGAGCCAACCCUGCCGUGGAUUUGCUGGUAUGUCUGGAGCGACGGCAUACGAUUGGAUUCCGCUACGUCGACAUCACGCGGCCGGUGGUUAUCCACCACGGAAGCAGGGAUACGCGAGUUCCCGUCGACAACGUCAAGUGGCUCGGCAAGACGAUGCGCCGCUGCGAAGUGCGAGUACUCGAAGGCGAGGGCCACGGUCUGAUGGCCAGCGCCAUGGUAAUGGGAUCGGUAUUAAUGGAAAUGAGCAAGGAAUGGGAGGACUGGAUGAAGGUGACGGGGGCGGAUGGACGAAGGGAUCGCGAGAGGGGUCGACGAGGUCCCCUGACAAGGUCAUGA